GUGUCUUUUCCCCCAUCCCAUACAACGAGCCUACCCGCCCUAAUAUCCUCCCUUUUGCGCCCUGCUCCUUGGUUCCUGCUCCUUUGGUUUCAUUAUCUUCCCUCCAUCUUUCUCUCAGUCGGUUUAGUUCCACUUACCUCCAUUCAUCGCUCUUUAUCUGUAACCAGUGGUGAGUCUUGCUGAACUGUAGUGAGUCCCUCUUAUUCUCUCUAACACACACACACACACACAUAUUGCAUACAAUGCUCGGACCUCCAUCUAGAUUGAGACCAAAGCCAUACCCAUUGGUGUUGGAACAUCUCGAGUCCAGAGCCAACAAAAGGUUGACCAACGAGUACCGUGCCGACAACAUACGGGCCUUGGCCAGUCUUGAGUCUUGCCAGGACAUCAACCCUGCCAUGAUUGACUUACAACCAGAAAUCCAAUGGUUCAUGAGACCUUUCCUUUUGGAUUUCAUUGUGGAAUUACAUUCCUCUUUCAAACUUCAACCACAAACUCUUUUCCGUUGUUUCAAUAUCGUUGAUCGGUAUUGUGCCAAGCGGAUAGUUUUCAAACGUCAUUACCAGUUGGUUGGAUGUACCGCUUUGUGGAUUGCCGCCAAAUAUGAAGACAAAAAAUCUCGUGUGCCAACCUUGAAGGAAUUGGCAUUAAUGUGUAGAAACGCAUACGAUGAAGAAAUGUUUGUACAAAUGGAAAGACAUAUCUUAUCCACUUUGGAAUGGUCUCUUGGUAGACCUACUCUUGAGGAUUGUUUACAAUUAUCGGUGGAAUAUUGUAAUGAAUUGAAUGAAAAUACUACUCCAUUCCGUUACAAUCGUAAUCACAUGGUUGAUACCCCUAAUACAAACUCUACUGCUACUAACAUGUCCUCGGGAUCUUCCACCACCUCGGCAAUCACCGCCAUUGGUCGUUUCCUUUGUGAAUUGUCCUUAUAUCUGAGACCUUUCUUGGAAUUUGAAACCUCUCAAAUUGCCAUUGCGGCCAAUCUUUUGGCUUGUUCCAUGUUACAAAUCCCCACCGCUUCCAGAGCCUUCCAUGACAUUGCUAGAAAGGCAUCGUCAUCUUCAGUUUCAGUGUCAGUGGCCACUACUGCUCAUGAAAAUCUUGAAAAUUUGGAACCUGAAGUGUUGGGGACAUUCCUUAAUGGAUUUGAUGAAACUACACCCUACAAAAUACGGAAAAUCGGUCUUUUAUUCAUGCAAGCCUUGAAUAAUAUUACUGAUGUUCUCUCUAACAAAUAUAAACCAUUGGGGGUUCUUGCCGUAGUCCAAAAUUACAUUGCUAAAAAUAUGAAUUUUUUAGAAACUCUUCAUAGCAUGUCCAAUGAAGUGUUGGAGUUCUCGGUCUGUGAAAUGACCAAUACUACCCUCACAUGUAUUGCUGACAGUUUCUUGAGCUUGAAUUUGGUCGAAAGACCUCAACAUCCACAACAAGAUAUAUUCCCAGUCACCCCACCAUCUACAUCUCAAUCGGUGUUUUCUGACCGGAACUCUUCGUCGUCGUCACUCAUCACUCCAACGACAAACGUUUGCAAGGGGAACCCAUUCUACACGUUCUCCCCUGCUGAGUGUGCUCCGGUCGUGGAGGCCAGUCCUUACUAUCAAAAACAAUACCAAGGACAAUAACUACAUUCACAAUAAAACAAAAGAAAUAAACCUACUCCACCCCCACAUCCAUUCAACAAAACAUGUACCUUUAUCUCCAAAAGUACACUACAUAUACC